GUGUGUGUGUGUGUGUUUUAAUCUUCCAUUACUGUUCUUUAAAUCACAAUUCGUCUACAGAGGCCACCAAUUGUAACACUGGCCCCCUGUAACCGGCGCGCGUCACGUUUCCCUGUACUGAGCCUGUUCCAAAAUAGACGGCACCCACCCACACCCUCCUCUCUCCCUGCUCUGCCCCGGUACUCUCCCUCUCUCUUUCCCUGCCGAGGAGCGUCACGCAGUUGUCCAGUGCGUGUCUUCAGCAAGUCCGCUCCGACUCCAGGAAACCGGAUCUCAGGCAAAAUCCUUCAAAGGAAUAAGAACAGCAGCAGCAGAAGACAAAGGAGGAGGAGGAUACAAGAGAAACCGUGAGAGUUGUCCAGGGAAUAGGGGUCUCCCCAAAACCUGAGCCAUGAGUCGCAGCAUUGUGCGGCAGAGUAAGUUUCGCCACGUCUUUGGCCAGACGGUCAAGGCUGAGCAGGCCUACGAUGACAUCCGUGUCUCCAAGGUGACGUGGGACAGCUCCUUCUGCGCCGUCAACCCAAAGUUCCUGGCGGUCAUCGUUGAAUCCAGCGGUGGAGGUUCGUUCCUGGUCCUGCCCCUCUCUAAGUCAGGCCGUGUGGAUAAGAACUACCCUCUGGUGAUCGGCCACUCUGGACCUGUUCUUGAUAUUGACUGGUGCCCUCAUGACGAUAACGUUCUGGCCAGCUGCUCGGAGGACUGUACUGCGAUGGUGUGGCAGAUUCCAGAUCACUCACUGACCCGCCCCCUCUCCGAUCCUAUUGUGGUCCUGGAGGGACACUCCAAACGUGUUGGCAUCGUCAGCUGGCAUCCCACCGCACGCAACAUACUCCUCACUGCGGAUGUCCAUUUUUUUCCUCUGACCUCAGGCAGUGAUAACCUGAUUAUUAUCUGGAACGUGGGGACAGGCGAGCCCCUCAUCUCCAUGGACGACCACCCAGACCUAAUCUACAGUAUCAGCUGGAACCGUAACGGCAGCUUGUUUUGCACCACCUGUAAGGACCGUCGUCUGCGUGUCUGCGACCCCCGCAAGAGGGAGGUGGUUGCGGAACGUCUGGCUCCACACGAGGGGAUCCGGCCAAUGAGAGCCAUCUUCACCAGAGACGGAAACAUCUUCACCACAGGAUUCACCAGGAUGAGCCAGAGAGAGCUCGGACUCUGGGACCCGACAAACUUUGAGGAACCUAUUGCACUGUUGGAGUUGGACACAAGCAAUGGAGUGUUGUUACCAUAUUAUGAUGCAGAUGCAAACAUGGUCUACCUCUGUGGAAAGGGGGACAGCAGUAUCCGUUACUUUGAGAUCACAGACGAGCCGCCGUACGUCCACUACCUCAAUACCUUCAGCAGUAAGGAGCCCCAGAGAGGGAUGGGCUUCAUGCCCAAGAGAGGUGUGGACGUCAGCAAAUGUGAGAUUGCUAGAUUAUUCAAACUCCUUGACAAGAAGUGUGAGCCCAUAACAAUGACAGUGCCCAGAAAAUCGGACCUCUUCCAGGACGACCUGUACCCGGACACAGCUGGGCCUGAUCCCGCCAUGGAGCCUGAAGAGUGGCUGGAGGGCCGCAACGAAGAUCCAAUUCUUGUGUCCAUGAGGGGCGGCUAUGUGCCACCCAAGAGCAGAGAGCUCAAAGUGGCAAAAAAGAACCUGCUGGACUCCAGACCCACCACCCGACGUAGCAUGUCCACUUUGGAAACCAACAGUCUGCCGCUUUGGAGCCCAUAAACUGAAUACACCGUUACUCUUACGAACAUCUGCCUCUCCUUUUAACAUGUUUCUGUUUAUCUCUCCUCUAUUUGUACCUGCCCACAACUUUUUUCCCCCAAAGCUCCCCUUCUUUGUUUUGGUUAUUUUUUCUAGUUGCUCACUGUCCUUGACCUAUUUUUCCUCUUUCUGUUUUUCUUAAUCCUUAAUUUUUCCCUCCCUGUCACUGUCUUUUUUCCUUUCUUCUUCCGUGUCCUUUUUGUCCUUCUUUCCCCUCUUCUCCUGUCCAGCCUCAGUUGCUUGAGAGGUUGUUGGAGGAGAUUCAGAAUCUGAAGGCCACCGUUUUGUCUCAGGAGAAGAGAAUCUGUGACUUGGAGAAUAAGCUUUCCCAGUACACCAACGGCACUGACUGAAGAACUGGUCAGAAUGUCAGAAUCAGUAUUAUUAUAGAAACACAUUUUCCUUGCAUUGACAAGGAACCACUCUCCUAAAUGAUCAAUCAGUGUUGCCCCUUUAUUAAAGGUACCAUUGUGGAAUAAUAUUAAUGUGGACAAGUUAAAUAAAAAUUGAUUGUGCAACAAAUUUGCACAAAUUACAUCCAUAA